CACCUCAUCUUUUCUCAGCAAAACAGAGCAAGAGAAACAGAGCCUAUAAAACAGAGCAAGCAAAAAGAAACCAGCAGAGGUUUUUCCACUUUCUCUCUAUUUCCCUAUCCCAAAUCCUUUUCACUCUCCCUCAUUUUCUUGGACUCUGCAAAAUGGGUUCUUGCAAAGACCCGAAACCGAAUUGUGGGUUCGUUGAAGGGCCUAUAAUCGUAGGUGCAGGACCAUCCGGUCUCGCAGUAGCUGCUUGCUUAUCCAACCAUGGCGUCCCUUAUUUGAUUCUUGAGAAAAGCAACUGCAUAGCUUCUCUAUGGCAACAAAAGACUUACGAACGACUCAAACUUCAUCUUCCCAAACAGUUUUGCCAGCUUCCUCUCGUGGGGUUCCCUGAAGAUUUCCCAAAAUACCCCACAAAGUACCAGUUCAUUUCCUACAUGGAGUCCUAUGCUUCCCAAUUCUCAAUCAAGCCGAGGUUCAACCAGGCCGUCCAAAACGCUGCGUUUGAUUCGGCGUCGAGGCUCUGGAGGGUUCAGACCCAAGAUUUCGAGUACAUUUCCCGGUGGCUUAUUGUGGCCACGGGAGAAAAUGCCGAGCCGGUGAUUCCCGAUAUUCAUGGGAUUGACAAGUUUAAAGGUCGGAUUAUUCAUACCAGUUUGUACAAAUCUGGGGCUGAUUUCAGAAAUCAAAGGGUUUUGGUUAUUGGGUGUGGGAAUUCUGGUAUGGAAGUCAGCUUAGACCUUUGCAGAUCAUACAAUGCAAUCCCUCAUAUGGUUGUUAGGAACACUGUGCAUGUUUUACCAAGGGAGAUGUUUGGCUUCUCAACCUUUCAGAUAGCAAUGACACUUCUCAAAUGGAUUCCGGUAAAACUCGUGGACAGGAUCCUACUACUGGUGGCUAGUUUGACUCUCGGCAACACGGAUCAGUUGGGCCUCCGGCGGCCCAAGACCGGCCCAAUCGAGCUCAAAGCGGCCACUGGAAAGACUCCGGUUCUCGAUGUCGGAGCAUUGUCACAAAUAAAAUCCGGCAAAAUAAAGGUGGUUGAAAAUGUGAAGGAGAUAACAAUAAAUGGAGCCAAAUUUAUGAAUGGACAAGAAAAGGAGUUCGAUUCGAUAAUCUUUGCAACUGGGUACAAGAGCAAUGUGCCUACUUGGCUCAAGGGUUGUGAUUUUUUCACCAAAGAAGGAAUGCCCAAAACGCCUUGUCCUAGCUGUUGGAAAGGAAAUGAUGGACUUUAUACGGUUGGCUUCGGAAGAAAAGGCCUCUCCGGGACGGCGUACGACGCCGUUAAGAUAGCAAAAGACAUUGCUGACCAUUGGAAGACAAGCAAGGACUACAAGAGUAGUAUUACUUCUGGUGAUUCCCAUAUCAUCCUACUGAAAUGACGACGACGAAAAUAAUUUGUAUAAAAAGGAUAAAAAAAAAAUGGAGUUAGAUUAUUCUCCGAGUUAGGUGUAUUUUUUAGAGGGGGGAAUAGUUAAUUUUUCACCUAGCUAGCGAGGCUUUGUACCAGUUCAAUUUUCUUUUUUACUUUGGGUUUCAUGUAUAUGUACCAAUUUUGCUUGGGGCGUCACAUCUCCUUUCGGCCACAUGUAUGUUCCUUAACUUUGUACAAAUAAUUUCAGAAAUAGAAUGUUAUUUUUUAGCUCCAGAAUUCAGGACAAAUUUGAGGAC